UACCCUUUUUUCUCGUCCUCCAGUUUUGGGUUUUCUCACUCGCUUUCUCUCUCUUCAACCAACUUCUCUGUUUUCUCUCUCUACUCUCUCUCUCUACUUUCUCUCUCUAAAAGAGGCGGAAGGAGGAAGACGGAGCGUGGUUUGGUGGAUCCAAGUUUGAGGAGAAGAAACUCAGGUGUAUUGAUUUGGUUAAUCGAAGGGGCCUGAUUGAUAUACCGACAAGUCAAUAGAGAUUGGGUGCAACAUUUUGUCAUAAGGCUAUUCUGCACCUCAUGGUGUAACAGACACUUGAAGCCCCGCUGCUGAAGGGAUAUUGAUCAAAUUCUUUGUGGUUACUGUUGCUGAAGGGUUUAUGUCACUUGAUGCUGCUAGGGUUGCUCAAUCUCAUAUUGAGAAGGGAACUUCGGCUUUAUUAUAGGCCCACUUAUUGUCUCCAUGCUGGCGGAGAGCAUGCGUGGAAUUUGUGCUUCGGGUAAUGCCCCUGACCAGUCGAGCCGUCGAUGCACUCGGUGUGGUGACAAUUUCUCUAGUGGUUCUUUUGGUACUUUUUGGCGUGUUGUGCAUAAUCUACACAUUGUACUUCCGUGCUCGUAUUCAGAGAUCAGAGCUACGUCGACUCGAUUACUUUAACGGACCUUGGAUAGUUCGGAUCGUUUUUAUUUUGUUUGGAAUAUGCUGGGGGGUUGGUGAAGUUGUCCGAUUAAGUUUCUUUAGGCAGGAGGGUAAAGUCUUUCAUUCGCUAAGUCUAAGAUGGCAGGAAGACAUAUGCAAACUAUACAUCCUAUCAAAUCUAGGGUUCACAGAACCUUGCCUCUUCCUCACUAUGAGUUUUCUCCUACGCGCAUCCCUAGAUUGGAGGGGGUCUGGUAUACUAAACCGGAAAUGGAACUUCAAGACCAUUGGUUAUGUUUUGCUUUAUUGCCUCCCAGUAUUCGUCUUGGAUCUCUUUGUUGUCACGGUUGCCCCCAAGUUCCGACAUGGAAAGAUUAAAGUGCUGAGUAAAUUGCCAGAACAAUUCAUAACAGUAUAUUGGAAGUUGAAUGUACCAGGCCACCCUGCCGUUGCUUGCACUUACCCCUUGUUGUGUACAAUAGUCCAUGGACUGUUUGCCACCGUCCUAACUACUUAUCUGCUAUUGCUUGGGAGGCGGAUGGUUGUGUCGGUCAUCAACAAAGGGUUGCAGAAGAGAGUUUACAUACUUAUAUUUCUUGUUUCAAGUUUCCUCCCUUUGAGGGUUAUUUUGCUUGGUUUUUCAGUUUUGGCGAGGCGUGAGCAUUUUCUCUUUGAAGCUCUUGCCUUCUCUAGUUUUCUUGUGCUUUUUUCUUUUGUUGUAGUGGGUAUAUUUAUGCUUGUUUACUUACCUGUUGCGGAUUCUUUAGCCCUUAAUAGGGAUCUGGGGUUGCCUGGCACAGAGGGAGGACGGUGCUACACCUCCGAGGACUAUGCUGAUUCUCUCUCUCUUGUUGCUGCCAACCAGAGCCAAAUUGAGACCAGUACGGCCACAAGCCUGGGAAGAAACUCCGAUGUCUCAACUAAACGGGGUUCCAUUUCAUUCCGGACUAUGAUCAAAGAUGAAGCUUCUUCUACAAGUGGCGUAUAUGAGGAAGAAAUGAGCACAUUUUCUCCAGGUUUUCGGCCGUUAAUUUCAUCUCCUGGUUCCCCAGCUUCCCUACAGAUGAAACUUCCAGUUUGAGGCAAACUUCAUCGGGGGAAACGAAAGGCAGAAGAGAAGCUUUUUUUUCUUAGUUCUCUUGUCUUGAUGAUGAUGUUUAAAAGAGGGGUGCAUCUGUAAGGGCAAUUUCUGACAAUUAAUAAGACUGUAUCUGUUCAUAGAACCAAGGAAAAUCUACCCACUUCAGCGUGAUAGUCCUGAGUAAAGUUUUGGCAUUGUUUUCAGCAUUCUUUAAUUUUGUCAUCAUCAAUAAGCAAGUGAUAAUUUUAUUUUGUUAAUAGUUAUGAGAGUGAAGGGGUAUUUGCUCCCCUAAAAUUAAA